AUGGCAGAUAUCAUCGGCGGGGAAGUUGUGACGGAGCUCGUGAGGCAGCUCUAUGCAAUAUCUAAAAAAGCCUACAGAUGCAGAGGCAUCGCCGUAAAGCUCGCCACCAUGAUCGAGUCUCUUGAACCCACGAUCAAGGAGAUCCUCUACAGCGGCGUCGAGCUGAGCCCUCAUCGCCAAGCUCAACUCGGUAUGUUCUCCCGCACACUAGACAAGUGCAGGAAGCUCACCGAGAAGGUUCUCAGAUGCAACCGUUGGAACAUGGUUCGACAGGCUUACCACGCUAAUAAAAUGGAGGAUCUUGAAAAGAAAAUCUCUUGUUUUCUCCAUGGACCACUGUUAUUUCAAAUCCUCGCUGAUGUUCACCAUCUUCGAGCCGGUAACGAAGUCCGGUUCGAUCGGAUUGACCGGAAUCUUAGUAGCUUGUAUGACAAGAUGGGUUCUAUGAAAAUCAGGGGAGGUGGAAUGGUGCGAGAGGCCAUGGUGACAGACGGUGAUUUAGGAAAUCUCGGAGUAGGAUUGGAAUUGGGGAAGAGGAAAGUGAAGGAGAUGCUGUUUAAAUUCAGUGAUGAUGAGGGAACGCUUAUUGGGAUCUCAGGGAUGAGCGGUUCCGGGAAAACCACUCUUGUUAUAGAGCUUGCUAGGGACGAUGAGGUCCGAGGCCACUUUGGGAAACGUGUUUUGUUUCUGACAGUGUCACAGUCUCCUGAUCUUGGGGAGCUGAGGUCACUUAUAUGGGAAUUUCUUACUGAUUGUAAUAAGCCUUGCUUUGUUGCCACUCUUCCGGAAUCUGUUAGUCACACGCGGAAGCUAGUGAUCCUUGACGAUGUUUGGACAAGGGAGUGUCUGGACCAGCUCAUGUUUAAGGUUCCUGGAACCACAACGCUUGUGGUCUCACGGUCUAAACUCGCAUGUCCUAGCACCACCUAUGAUGUGGAGUUGCUGAAUGAAGGUGAAGCAACGGCUCUGUUCUGUCUCUCUGCUUUCAACCAGAAAUCAAUCCCUUUGGGGUUCAGCCAAAGUUUGGUCAAGCAGGUUGUUAAGGAGUGUAAAGGCUUACCUUUGUCUCUGAAAGUUGUGGGUGCUUCGUUGAGAAACCAACGUGAAAAGUAUUGGGAAGGUGCAGUGAACAGGUUGUCAAGAGGCGAACCUGCUGAUGAAACUCAUGAGAGCAAAGUGUUUGCGCAAAUCGAAGCAACUCUAGAGACGCUAGACCCUAAAACCAGAGAAUGUUUCUUGGACAUGGGUGCUUUCCCUGAAGACAAGAAGAUCCCUCUUGAUGUUAUCAUCAACAUGUGGGUUGAGUUGCAUGAUCUCGAGGACGCUACUGCUUUUGCUGUUCUUGUUGAUUUAUCAAACAGGAAUCUCCUUACUCUCGUCAAAGAUCCAAGGUUUGGCGCUAUGUACACUAGCUACUAUGACAUCUUUGUGACGCAGCACGAUGUUCUAAGAGAUCUAGCACUUCAUCUUAGCAAUCGUGGGAAAGUGAACAGAAGAGAUCGAUUACUGAUGCCUAAAAGAGAGUCAAUGCUUCCCAGAGAAUGGGAGAGAACCAAUGAUGAGCCAUACAAUGCCAGGGUAGUUUCCAUUCACACAGGGGAAAUGAGUGAAAUGGAUUGGUUUGACAUGGACCUCCCUAAGGCAGAGGUUUUGAUAUUAAACUUCUCAUCCGACAACUACGUGCUGCCACCUUUCAUUGCUAAGAUGAGCAAGCUUAGGGCGCUCGUGAUUAUCAACAAUGGUAUGUCUCCUGCGCGUCUUCAUGACUUCUCCAUCUUUCCCAACUUGGCCAAGCUCAGUAGUCUCUGGCUUGAGAGGGUUUACGUACCUGAACUCUCUAGCAGUACGGUUCCCUUCAGAAGCCUCCACAAGAUGUCUCUGAUCAAUUGCAAGAUCGGUAAUAGCUUUGAUCAGACAGCAUUGGACAUGGCACAGAUCUUCCCAUACUUGUCUGAUCUCACAAUAGAUCACUGUGAUGAUCUUGUGGAACUAUCUCCGACCAUUUUUGGGAUCACCUCUCUCAAGUCUGCCAGCAUAACGAAUUGUCCCCUCAUCGAUGAGUUGCCUAGGAAUCUGAGUAAGCUUAAAGCACUUCAACUUCUGAGGCUGUACGCUUGCCCAGAGCUGAGAUCUUUGCCUGUAGAGCUCUGUGAGCUGCCAAGUCUGAAGUACCUUGACAUCUCUCAAUGUCUCCACCUGAGUUCUGUUCCAGAAGAGCUAGGAAAAAUCAAAACACUUGAGAAAAUCGACAUGAGAGAAUGCAGCGUAUCAAGCAUACCGAGCUCUGCGGUCUCGUUGACUUCUCUACGCCAUGUAAUAUGCGAUACAGAGACUUUGUCGAUGUGGGAAGAAGUCCAGAAGGUGGUUCCAGGACUUCGUGUUGAAGCUGCUGAAAAAUACAUCAGCCUGGAAUGGCUUGAGGGAUAG